AUGGCAUCGGAGCAGGGCGCUUCCCGCCGCCGCUCCUCGCUCCUGGCGUUCAAGGGGCCCGCGCAACCGAAACGAGAACGGAAGAAAACCGUGCUGAUCGACCCUAUUGUGCCGAGGAGGGCGAGUCUCGAGGGCAAGGGCGCGCAGAAGGGUGUCAAGCGAAGGCGGAGUAGCGGGGCGAGCGAUGGAGACAAGGUGGACGUGAAGAGGGUGGUGAAGGAAAAGCGCGACAAGGGCAAGAAGCGCGCGCAGGCGGAACGAGACGAGGAGCAGGACGAGGAGGAUCCGUCCGACGCAGAUACGCCCUCGAUCCGCUCAUACACCCGCACCGUUCCCCGCACCGUUCUUGCCGCCCGCUGGACAACCCUCUCAUCCUCAGCGCGGGAAGACCUGCGGUAUGAAGUUGAGCAGGCAGGGCGAUCAACUCUCGACACCCUCGGCUCGCACUCCUCUUCUUCCGCUCAGAACCUCAAAGCGCUCUUCUCCUCGUUCGCCGACGACCUCGACACCCUCCUCUCGACCCUUCCAGUCCCGCCUCUUCCCUCCUCUAUUUCGUCCUCGAGCAAGAACGGCAAGGGCAAGCAAGUGCUGCUGGGUGCUAAGUUCGAGGAAGGAGAGAUGGAACGGAAGAUCAGCCUGCUCGAGACCGCCCUCGAAGCCGAACAAGCAGACGUGGAUGCGCUGUCUUCGCGAGUUGAGGACGAGAGGCGGCUACUGAAGAAGGAGGAGAAGCUGCUCGAGCAGUUCAUCAAGGCUACAACGGAAGCGCGGGACGGGAUAAAGGAGGAUCUGGAGCGAAAGUCCGCCCACCCGCUCGUCUCCUCCCUCCUCCCCACCCGCCCCUCCGCUUCAACAUUCUCAUCCGCCUCCCUCCUCGUCCCCGGCCUCGUACCCUCCGCACUCUUCACCUUCGCACCGAAACUCAGCUCCGCAUGGUUCGCCGAGCCUCUCACCGCCAGCAACACGAACAGAAGCGGUAAACGAACAGCGAAACGAAAGGGCAAGAAGCGAAUCAAGACGAGUCUUGAGUCGGUUGAGGCGCGGGAGUCGGACGACGAGGAGGUGGAAGAGGCGCACGAAGCGGGAAGUGCUGCGACGCUUGCAUCGGCGUCGGUCGUUGAGCGUGUGGAAGAGGUAUUGCGCCGGCUCGGACGGGCAGAAGACGCAGUCGUCGGUGGUGAAGCGGGAGGAAGCGGAGGGCAGAAGGGCAAGGAGCGGCGGAAGGUGAGCGAGUAG